CAAGUUUUUUUCUUUCGUUUAUCAUUAACACUGCCUUUAAAGUUGUAGAUGCUGCAAAUGGAUCGGCAGGCCAUUUGUGACAAUAAAAAGGACGCCCCAGAUGUCACGACAUCACGAGAACAAUCGACAACCGCUACAAAUGCCGGCAACGAUUCAGUGUCUGGCAAACAGCUGUGCGACUUUUGCGCUACAAAAUGCUGCACCUGUGGCUGUCCUCAGCUGGAGGCGGAGCCCAUCCGGGACAAUGUGCAGCUGCUGGGGUUCCAGGUGCGCAGUCGAGAUAUUGACUGGAGGCGCUACGUCCUACCGUUGGACGUCGGAGUGCGCGGCGAUGCCGUCUAUUUGGACAGACAGUCAGACUUCGUGAGCAACCAUCGACGUUCGCUCAGUGGCACUGGUCGCCGCGAGCUGCUCGUCUGCCACGACAUGAUGGGCAACUAUCUGGCCGAUCGGCAUUAUCAGAGCUCGGAGAAGUUCGAUGACUAUCGUUUUAUGCACUGGUCAGCCGUCGAUUAUUUUUGCUACUUUAGCCAUCAGUAUGUGACCAUUCCGCCCAGCGGCUGGCUAAAUGCCGCCCAUCGACAUGGCGUACCCGUGCUGGGCACCUACAUCGUCGAGGGGACUGCAGGCAGUCGUUUGCUGCACGAGGUCCUGGAGAGCAUCGAGAGCGUAGAACGUACCGUUGCCGCCCUCACCCGCCUCUGUCGCCACUUCAGCUUCGAAGGCUGGCUGGUCAAUGUGGAGUGCCCGGUCCGUAGCGAGUGCAUGCCCAAUCUAUACCGGUUUGUGGAGCAGCUGCGUGUGGCCAUGGAGAGGCAGGUGCCGCACGGGCGAGUCUUUUGGUACGAUAGCGUCAUUGACAAUGGCGAGCUUGCCUGGCAGAAUGAGCUGAAUGAGCGCAACGUGAAAUUCUUCCGGGCCAGCCAUGGCACGCUGAUCAACUACAGCUGGACUGAUCGCAGCCUGGAGACCAACGAGGCAAGCAUGCGGCGAGAGCAGGCAGCGCCGCAUCGUCUGUUCCUGGGACUGGACGUCUUUGGGCGCGGGCAGGUGGGUCGCUUUCAGAGCGGCCAAACGCUGGCACGGAUUGCCGAGCGUGGCUUCUCGGCGGGCAUCUUUGCGCCCGCCUGGUGCUACGAAACGCUGCAGCAGUAUGGCUACAAUAUACGCAAGGCCGAUGGCGAUGAGUCGCUGAAUGCCGCCUUCCUGGCCAGAAACGAGCGAUGGUGGGCGCGCCUCUGGGAAUAUCUGGGCACGCAUCCCUAUCGUGCGCUACCUUUCUACACGAACUUCUGCGUGGGAUCAGGCCAUGGCAGAUACGAGUGCGGCGCCCGUGAAUCAGGGACGCGCCCCUUCUUCAAUCUGGCGCGCCAGGCCCUGCAGCCGUCGGUGCCAUUAGGCAACAAUGCGGAGCACAGCUUUGACACCGCCUACGCUGGCGGCUGUGCGCUUCGCAUUUUGAACUAUGAACGCGCCUUCCGGCUGUUCCUCACCGAAUUCCAGCUGCCAAUGGGCUUGCUGCUUCUGGGUUAUGCCUAUAAAGUGAAUGGGUCUGGCGAAGAGCAGGAGCAGCACACGCUGGAUGUGGUGCUGCGCUGUUGCUCGCCCCGACGACCCAUGCAGGAUGCCUAUAUCUUCUGUGGCGACUACAGCGAACACAUCCUGACGCCGGGUCUCUGCUACAUUUCGCCGCUGGUUAGCGCUUUGCCGCUGGGACUGGCCCACGAACAGCUGCCGCCGGAGCAGGGUGCCCUCGGCGAGAACUGGCGUGUGCGCUACUAUCUGGUCAAAUUCGAUGGACCCGUGCAGCUGCAGGACAUUGGUCUAAAGUGUCGACGCCCCCAACAGUCGACGGCAAGCGCCCACUUUGGUGCCAUCUACGUGCACAGCCUGCAGCUGAGGGAUUGGGAUGCGGUGCACUCAUCACAAAAGGCCGACAUUGCGGUUUAUGGCAGACAACUUUGGAAUCACUCAACCACAACAGCAACUCGACAAUAAAGUAUCGUAUUUCACACAAAAACAA